AUGAGAGUGAUUUGGAUCGUUUUGAUUGCGUUUACAUUUGCCUUCAAUGCUCCAGGGAAUUCUCUACCAUCAAGAUAUCCCAAGGAGGCAAAUAUUGCUCCUGGGUUACCUUCAGACUCUGUCAAGCACAGAACUGAGGGGACUACAGAUGAUUUUACUGGAACUGGUUCAUAUGCCAGCGACAAACCAUCUUAUAAUCCCCUGUCUAGGGGUACCCAAAAAGGGAUUAAAAACAAAGAUAUGUUCACUUCACUUGAUUUGAGCAAACCACUUAAGAGCACCAAUUUGGAAAAACAUCUUUCUAAGAAAGUUGUACAUCUUCUGAAAUCAAGACCAGGUCUAUUGGCUUCUCUUAGUGAAGCAUUACAGAAUGUUGGCCAUCGUUCUUCUCAAGUUAGACACGCGCAGUCACAUGGAUCACUAGUGUCCGCACAUGGGACUAAUGUGAAAUUAACCAACCAGAGUCCACAUAUGGAUGACCAAGUGAUUAAAGCAUCACCAGAGUUUAAAGGUGCUGGCAUCAUGUCUCACAAACCUUCUGAAGCUGAUAACCAGGAGAUAUUGCCAAAAGCAAACCUGAACCUAAAGAAGGUUGUAAAACAGGUCCAUCAGAGGAAAGAACCGUAUUCAGGCAAAAAGCAGGAUUCAUACAAAUCAACACCUGAUGGUUUCAAGUUGCGAUCUGAUGAACGUCGACAUAAGUGGAAUUCUGAACCUGAAGAUAUGGACCUUGAAUCAGAGACAGACGAGCUGUCAGCAUCGGACGCCGACUGGGACUCUGGGGCACCUGGAGAUAUGGACCCUGAAAGAGAGAAUGACCAACUGUCAGUAUCGGACACCGACUGGAACUCUGGUGCACCUGAAGAUAUGGACCCUGAAUCAGAAACUGACGAACUGUCAGGAUCGGGAGCUGACUCUGGUGCUCCCGAAGAUAUGGGCCCUGAAUCAGAGACAGACAAACUGUCAGGAUCUGACACUGACGAGAACUCUGAAGCACCUGAAGAUAGGGACCUUGAAUCAGAGAAAUAUGAUAUCGAACGGAAAGUACAGACAGAGAAGCAGUCAGGAACUGACACUGAUUGGGACUCCCACUCACCUGAAGGUGUGGACCCAGAAUCAGAGACCGACGAACUGUCAGGAUCAGACUCUGAUUGGGACUUUGGUGAACCUAAAGAGUCUAUCAAGAAAGCUGAUGCCGACGUGAAAUUGGCAUCAGAACGCCUGCUGAUAAAGUUAAGUAGGAAAAAGUUGCUGUCAAAAUCUACUGAUACCCAAGGAAUUGCAUUUGAAGGGGAAACAGAUAAAUCUUCUUUCAAGCGAAAAAGAUAUGCAUCUGGAGACACAAACGAUUUCGAGUUUGAUAACUCUGAGACAGAAUCAAGCGCAGAACCAUUCUCGCCUCCAGUUUCUGAUAUUCGCUGGAGUGGUACUUCAUUAGCAGAUAGCAGAAGUUUAGAUGAUUUUCUAGAUGCAGACGAGGGAUUAGGGACGAAUGAACACAACAGAGGUGGUAUAUCCAUUGCCUUGAUAGCUGUACCUGUUUUUGGAGGAUUAUUUUUCCUUUUGCUGAUGAUUACCUUCUGCGUGUUUGCAUGGAAUUCAUUUCAAACGUUGCGAAAGAGGAUUGCCUAA